AUGCUGGGCACCCGCUGGUGGUCGUGCAUCCUAUGUGCUCAUCUAUAUGUUCAUGCUGCGGAACUUAGCCAGCUCCGGGGCUUGCAAGCUGGAGGCUUUGUUCCCCGGUGCCGGCCUGGCUUUGAGGAUGUCUCGAAUGGCGAGGCCUAUGACUGGGCCUGCGGCUUUCACUGCGAUGGAGGCCCCUUCGCAACGGCGCAGUGCGGCUGCGCCUGUCUUAGCGAGAGCCAAAGAGAGAUUCGUCAGAACGCCGAGCCGCGGCCGCCUUCAGCCAGGGGCACCGGUCUGCUGCUGACCACCACGCCGAAACCUUCUCCCCCUCCGCCAGUCCCGAUCAUAGAGGUUCCCAUAGGUGGGCUAGGCCAGUCGAGCGAAAGGCUCAGGCCUCCGCGCGGCUCGAACUUCACGAUCGCGGAGAAGGAGAUGCCUGCCUCAGAGCCAGAGGUGGAGCAGCGAGACGGCCUGGCUGACCUUGUGAUCCUGUGCUGCAGCAUGGUAUUACUCUCGGGCUCCGCAGCCAUCGUCGCUAUUGCCCUCUGGAAGGGGUGUCAGAAGAAGUCUUCAGCCCCAAAGAAGCGAAAGAUAGCAUGGAGCGACACCCCCCUGCCGCUGCAUGUUCCCGUGGAGAAGUGCCCGCAGCCUUCCAGGGAAAAGCCCCCCAAAGAAGUGCCUGCAGCCUCGGAGCAUCCGUUUGCAGUGCCAGAACAAGGGGAGGAUCAGGAUAUGCCAGCCGGCCGAAGACAUGACGUUGACGAGCUUCAGCUGAGUAGCACCAUCACCCGAAAGUGGGAUGCGAAAGGCGCGAAAAGGAGCCUUCAAGGGGCUCAUUGGUCAGUUUCCAACAGCGAGCAGCCAUGGGGCACAAAGAGACGGCCUUCCCUUCCUCCAGUCGUCAAGAUCUCCCAAGCCCAACCUGUUUCCUAG